AAGGGAAACACACGGCGCCUAGAAUGACAUAGAAGCGGCUCAAGCACGAGAGACUGGAGAGACUGGAACUGAGAGAGAACUGCGCUCGCGAGGAUCACGACCACCAUCAUCUGACCAACACAACAGCGGAAAAUGCUCAUUAAAGAAUAUCGAGUGAUCCUACCCAUUUCUGUGGAGGAGUACCAGGUCGGUCAGCUGUACUCAGUAGCAGAGGCCAGCAAGAAUGAGACAGGAGGAGGAGAAGGAGUGGAGGUGCUGAAGAACGAACCGUACGAGAAAGAUGGCGAGAAAGGCCAGUACACACACAAAAUCUACCACCUGCAGAGUAAAGUUCCGUCUUUUGUGCGAAUGCUGGCACCAGCAUCAGCUCUUAACAUCCACGAGAAAGCCUGGAAUGCCUACCCAUACUGCCGCACAGUCAUCACAAACGAGUACAUGAAAGAGAAUUUCCUCAUCAAGAUAGAGACAUGGCAUAAACCUGACAUGGGCCAUCUGGAGAACGUUCAUGGUCUGGAUCCUGACACCUGGAAGAAGGUGGAUGUGGUGUAUAUCGACAUUGCUGACAGAAGUCAGGUAGAACCCAAGGAUUACAAACCAGACGAAGACCCCUCCAAAUUCAAAUCUGUCAAGACUGGCCGAGGGCCCUUGGGACCUGACUGGAAGAAGGAGCUCCCCAAAAAGACAGACUGUCCGCACAUGUGUGCCUACAAACUGGUUACAGUCAAGUUCAAGUGGUGGGGGCUGCAAAACAAAGUGGAGAACUUCAUUCAGAAGCAAGAGAAGCGUUUGUUCACUAAUUUUCACCGGCAGCUCUUCUGCUGGAUUGAUAAUUGGAUCGAACUGAACAUGGAGGACAUUCGCAGGAUGGAGGAGGAGACCAGGAAGGAGCUGGAUGAGAUGAGAGUGAAGGACCCAGUAAAAGGGAUGGUCGCUCUAGAAGACUGAAGACUCAGUGUAUAGAGGAAGUGUGCUGCUCUUUGUGUUGGUGUGUAAACGGAGGUGCCGGCCGCAUUGCCGUAUUGUGAACCUAUAGGCUCCCCUGUUGUCACUCAUUAGAUUAAAACCUUGAACUAUUGAACUAUUCAUCAUAAAUGACUACUUAAUUACUGUUACUGGCCUCCGAAAGAGUUUUUAAACCUGUCCCUCAGCUUUUGUAUUUUAGAUCCCAUUUUAGGGUAAUUCAUGUCUUAUCAUUUAUAACCUCUCUCUCUUUUCAUCUAUCUCUUUCUCAGUUCUCUAUUAGUACUAUGACUGGACACCAGCAUCAUUCUUCAAAUUGGAACAAAAAAAUCUUAUAAACCUUUCCAAACCAUCUUCCGUACGUGUCUAAUACUGCCCAUUCCAAAGGCCUUCCACCUCCAUAAUGGAGCAUGAGGAAGCAAGCCAGUGUAGUAAAUGAUGAAUAGUACAGAUAAUCAUCUAUUCCCAUCACCCCAUCACUAAAAGCGAUACAGGGACAUCACCUGUAGCAACGUGUAGGUCUUUAACCUUGUCCAUUGUUAAAAAAGCUGACAAAUGACGGAAGUUUUAUGAUUAUUUCUAUGUAAAAUCAGAAGAUGUUUCUGUAUAUAUUCCGUAUAUAUAAAAUAUAUAUAUAUAUAUAUAUAUAGAGGGAGGUAUGUUGUGAGAGCUGUGUACACAGGUUUUUUUCAAUGACUAUGGUCGUUCUUUAACGUCUGUUUCGCGGACCAAGCCGACUCUCCUCCGUGUUCUGUUUUGAGCUUGUGAUUGUUGUUAUCGUUAUUAUCUUUUUUCUUUUUCAUUGUUUUUAUGUUUUUCUCAUUUCUGGUACAUCUCCACAUUAAAGUAAAUGAACUGGCAGCUGAUAGUUGGUGUAUGGAGAGGAGUCGGCAGGCUGGAGGUCAACAGUAACUGCUUAGUCAUCCUCUUGUGCUCCAGCUUUUCUGUCUCCGUUGCAUCACGUCCUCCAUGUUUCUGACUAUGUGUUAUCAGGAGUGAUUAAGAGAGAGGGCAGCUCAGAAAAUGAAAUAUAUUGUUAUACAGUACUGUGCAAAAGCCAGAGACUUAAUAAGCCCUUUUGUUUAUUCAAUUUUCCAGUCGAAUCAGCCAGUAUGUACAAGUUAUUCAGUUUUCAUUGUCAGGAAGAGUUACACAAGCCUCCAACACUAAUUAUAAUAUUAAAUCUGUCGGUAUUUAAUUUAUCCACUCUUUGUUUUUGUGCACUCUACUGCCAUUUUAACUCUUAAAACCAGCGAGUAACAGCUGCAUCCUCCCAACAAAAGCUGUUCCCAGAGGAGUCAUUGACAUUUCAUUUCCCUUCAGAGAGAGACUAAGUUGCACAAGUGACUACCCAAACACACCUUAACUGCCUUGCAGGUUUUCUCAAAAUUCUUAUGUGCAUCUAAAACAGCUGAAGGAGACAUAAUAAUAAGAUAAUCCACUUGGAUGAGAAAGGAGAAAGUCAAAGAACAAUAUAUUAAAAAAACAGACGUUUCCAAAAUUGUAGUUCAAAAAAA